UGCAGUUAAAUUCAACUCCGCUUCCCUUUGAGAUGCACUCUUCAAAACAAAGGCACCAAAGCGGUUCUUCAGAUCGGUUACACAGGGAGACACGAUUUUGGUUCCCAAAAGAACCGUCCACCUGAAGGUUUCAUAAAGAUCCUUUAUUUCUUUAAAUCUAAAGCAGCCUCCAUUAACAGAUGAGAAGAGUUUCUAGGUAAUCUGAAAAGGACCCUCGCUCACUACAUACAAUCACACGGGCUAGAAGUUCAGGUUUUCUUGAUCUGUUGCGUCUCGUCAGGUCGCCACCUCGAUAUUAAAGAUUUCUGUUUUGUCCACAUGGCAGGAUCAGCCUGGACUUACAAUUUUUGAUUUUGGUUUCCAUUAACCGUUGUUUACCUCAUUUUGUUCUCAACGAAUUAUACCGUAUUACUCAGUAAAGAUUUCCCACUUGAACAUUUCGUUCAUCGACAUCUGAUGUGCGACUGAAGUGUUCCCUUCAUUUUUUUGAGCAGCACAUUUUUGUUACCCAUCCACAUGAUUGAUCCAGGAAGAAUCUGCGUUUAGAUCAGUACAAAGCCACAUAAAUUACCAUGAGUAGACGAUAAAAGAUUGUUGAAAUCCCAAUUGGUCCUGAUUUUUAAAGUGACUCCCGCUGAUCUUGUCGGUUGACUAUACCAAACAUUAUACGUUUCUGCUUCGUCCACAUAUUAGGAACUAUUUCAAAGUCCAAAGAACCGACUUCAUAUGCAAAGAAGCCUUUACGGAAUGAAAUGGUUCCGAGUCAAUCAAUGGCCUCAAGAUGAACCACACAACCCAGUAAAAUACCAGUAAGAAACCAGGAUUUUUUAAUAGUGGACUCACUGCUUGGGGUGUUUUGUUUCAGAGAAGAAUGGCGCACGACCUCUCCGACAAAGAGAUCGUUAAGAUGGAGAUCGAGCAGUUGAAGAAAGAAGUGAAAACUGAGCGCAUGGUGGUUUCAAAGACAGCCAAAGAAAUUGUUGAAUGGAUUGAGGCAAACGCCGCAGAGGACCCUCUCCUCAAAGGUGUCCCCGAGGACAAGAACCCCUUCAAGGAGAAAGGCGGCUGUACGAUAACCUGACCCAGAGCGGCUCUCACAAGAACGUGCAAGGAGAUCUCGGUUCAGUUUGUCACAUUUUACAUCUAAUUUAUUAAACACCCAUGCAACAACGAAACCAAAUAGUUUAGGCUGUAAUGGCCGAGUCGGCCGCGGAGCAGCAGUAGAGUCCAACAGGAGACUGAGAACGGUGGCUUGUCCCACCAGGAGGUGCAGCAGCCCGAUAUGCAUAGAUGAGCGGCACAGUCGAGACGUCCAACUCAGGAAAAAGGCUGACGUCAAAAAUCCCACUGAAGUCAUUUAGAAGGCAUUUCUCCCCCCCGCCCUCCUCGGACUCAGGCCUGCUAUGUCUGGCCGGUGAGUUUAUAAGCAUUGUGAGAGCUUAGUGGACAAGUCCAUGUGAACGGAGUCAAU